ACACGGCAAAUAUAGAAUCAAUCCCCAUGUCUCCCAAAAUCAGUCACAGUAGCAAAUGCAUCCCUUAAAUUAAGCCAAAGCAUAAGUAUUUUAAAACCUCCAUAGCUUUCUUUAUUAGUAUUAUGUUUCUUCCCUUACCUGUCAAGAUCAAAAGAAGCUCAACAACCAAAACAAACCGAUCCAUCAAUCCACUAGGCCACCUCCUCCUUCAGGAAUAUAUCUCUUCCAGAUAUUCGAUGGAAGAUUACAGCAGAUCAAGGUCAUAUGGUAAUGAGAUGAUGGAGGUGGACACCCACAGUGGACUACCUAGGCCUUCAGCUUCUUACGAUCUAAGGUGCUAUAGUGCUGCCCAAUCACAGUCCCAGAUGGCUAACAACUACGAUAACUCGGGGAACAAGAGGGACUACAAGUUGAAGAAAGGGAGGACUGCUUCUGCAUCAUCUUCUUCGAAUGGAUGGAACUUUGGUGACCCUGAAUUCCAGAGGAAGAAAAGGGUUGCUAGCUACAAGAUGUAUAGUGUGGAAGGUAAGGUCAAAGGGUCCUUGAGGAGGAGCUUUAGGUGGCUCAAAGAUAAGUACACACGGGUUGUCUAUGGAUGGUGAUGAUUCUGGCAGAUGGGCUCUUGUUCCUUAAUUGCUCUUUUUUCCUUUAUCUUGCUUGUAUUCAAGCUAUUUCUGAAAGAAAAGAAAAAAAGUUUCAAUUUUUUUGUUUAAAAGGAAGAUUUUAUUUAAAGCUGUUGAUGCCAUUGGCCACAUCUUACUAGCACGAUUGUAAAUUCAGUUUCUUCUUUUCUGUUACCUGGAAAUUCUUUUCUAGGAGUAAUAUAGUUCUAUAUAUUCA